ACGUCACCCCUCACCUCCCCCCCCAUCCAACCCGUUCCGCGCGUGCGCAACGCGUCCGUCCUCCCCUCUCCCCCCUCCCCCGGUCAACCUUCUCCCGAAGCGCGGAGGAUGCGGGGCCGCAGCUAAGACGGCAGCGGUGGCAAGGAGGAUGGAGGCACCCCUGGUAAGCCUGGAGGAGGAGUUUGAGGAGGGGCCUGGGGACAAUGGAGGGGCCCCUCAACGCACCGUGGACCCAGCACUGGCUGAGCUGGAGAGCUUCUCGACUGAGAUGAUGAGCUUCAAAUCGAUGGAGGACCUGGUGCAGGAGUUCGAUGAGAAGCUCACCGUCUGCUUCCGCAACUACGAUGCCACCACUGAGGGCCUGGCCCCUGUGAGAGGCAGGCUGCAGGCACAGGAGGAGGAGGAGCACCUCCAGGAUGAGGAAGUCUGGGAUGCCCUCACUGAUGGCUUUGUCCCCCGAGGCUCCCCCCGGCCCUGGAUGCACCCUGAGGCUGAGGCCCCUGAUGGCAUCGAUCCCCAGCUCUGUGAGAAGGAAGAUGAAGAGCUUGCUGAGAGAAGCGAACACGACUCAGGCAUCAAUGAGGAACCACUGCUGACAGCUGAGCAGGUCAUCGAGGAGCUGGAGGAGCUGAUGCAGAGCUCGCCUGACCCUGAGGUGGAUCCUGAGGGUGAUGAGGAGGAGGAGGAGGAAGAAGAAGAUGAGGAAGAGGAUGCUGAGGCCAACGCAGAGGGUGAUGGUGGAGGCAGGGGCAUGGAGCCCAUCAUCCUGCGUGAGCUGCACACCUUCUCCCCCACCAUCAACAACAACUGCUCCCAUGAAGGGCUGGAGCAGCUGACGGCCGGGGAGCUGGCAGCGGCAGCAGGGCGCGCAGAGGCAGCGAGCCGGGCACUGUCGGCCGAGCUGGUGGCCCAGCUGGCACGGCGGGAUGAGCUGGCCUUCGAGAAGGAGGUGAAGACGGCGUUUAUUGGGGCACUGCUGGCCGUGCAGGGGGAGCAGCGGGAGCAGCGGGAGGCUGCACGCCGCCGCCGCCGCGACCGUGGGCUCAGCCUGCAAGGAGGUCGUCCCGAGCGUGGGGGACAGAUGCCCAGAAAGCGGUUCAGCAUGGAGGGCAUCUCCAGCAUCCUGCAAUCCGGCCUGCGUCAGACCUUUGGCCCCGCUGCGAACGAGAAGCAGUAUCUGAACACAGUGAUUCCCUAUGAGAAGAAGGGUUCGCCGCCCUCCGUUGAGGAUCUGCAGAUGCUCACCAACAUCCUGUUUGCUAUGAAGGAGGGAAAUGAGAAGGUGCCCACGCUGCUGACGGACUACAUCCUCAAAGUGCUCUGCCCAACCUGAUGCAGUGCAGCCCUGCACCCCCAAACUUCAGCACCCCCAGAAAUGGGGCCAGUCACAUGGAAACAGGUCACCUGCACCUCCCCGGCCCACAUCCCCCCAAACCUCUGCACAGCUGGGAAAUAAACAAUUUGUUUCAUUAAUUAA